GCGGCAUGGAAAAGGAAUUUUUGAGAUGAAAUGGCCCAACUGGUACAGCUAGGGGUGGUUGUGGAUGCUUUACAGUUACUCCUUAAACCUGUUGAAUUAUCUCCGUCUCUGUCUUCAUCAGAUCAGACUAAGCAGCGUGGGAAGGUGCUGGAAACUCUAAGGUCAAACUUGUCAGCUUUGGAAGGUCGAUUUCAGAACAAUCCUGAGUAUGGAGACCUGGGCCAUCUACGAGACUCAAUCAAAUCCCAAGCAUCCUGGUAUGCAGUGUCUGAUGAUGUCACCUGGAACUUCACUUCUGAUAUCUUAAUUUUACUUCUGUGUUUGAAGAGAUGUAUGAUUGAGGUGGCUGCAUCCUUUAACCCACAAGCUGCCAACCCCCGAACUCCAGAAGCAGCCCCUGCUCUCUCACCGGACACGCUCAGCAUUUCUCAGCAGAAGAAUGUACAGUCAGCCUUGCAGUUUGUUGUUACAUUGGGACUGUGCCCUUGCCUUUUGCCUGGGGUGGGCAUUCCCUUGAAGCACAGAUCAGAGUUUGGUGCGGUGGCUGAGACAUUAGUUUCUUGGGACCAUCCCCCAAGCAGGGUUCGUCGACUGUAUGUGAGCUGCAUCGUACUCCUAGACAUUGCAAGCCACAGCAUUCUAGGCAGCCUGAUUCUGACUCGUCACUUGGGAGACAUCAUAGCUGGACUCUGUCAGCUUGGAUACUGCCCUGCUAAAACAAAAGGAACUCAGACACUUCAAAAUGACAGUGCCCAGUUGUUGACUGAAGAAGAACAAAGUCGCUGUAGAGAUGCACUGAAAAGUCUGCUGGAUCGAGUUUAUCAGCCCAAUGUCAUCAAAGAGCUGCUCAUUUUACAAGGUGGAUUGAAACAGGGCAGGCCAUCUGCACCAGGCAGUGUGUCACAGCCCCUGGUUCAAGCACCGUGUUGGUUGAGACGUCUGUGUGGACAGCUGUUGUCAGAGAGGUUGCUAAAAGAAAAUGGAGUUAAAGCUGUAGUUCAGGGAAUCCUGGAAGGAGCUGGAGUUGGGGCAGCAGGAGGCCAAGGUGCAGAGACAGCUGUAGCUGAUUGGAGGAAAUGUGAUACUGUUGCCAGGAUACUAGCUUCAUGCCCACAGCAGUCACUGUCAGUGGAGGAGUACUACCGACAGGUGUGCCCACAGGUUUUGGACUUGCUUCACAUUACAGAUAAACUCACUGCUCGUCAGUUUCAGAGGGUCUCAUGCUCGACUUUUCUUGCUAUGGUAAAGGAACAGCCCAAGCUGGCAGAAAAAUAUCUGUUCAAGCCCCUGCUAACACCAUUACUGAAAUGUGUAGAUGCAUCAGUAGGCACACAGGAGGAGCUGCACCCUGGGGCUGUCAUUGUCGAUGAAGCCACCUUGACCCAGUGUAUUGAAGACCUCUAUAAGAUAUAUGUGGUUGGAAAUGAACCUAACAUUCCACUAAUUUCCUCACUGCAAAGUGUCUUGCAAGCUGUCUUUGCCCUCUACUGUUUCACUAAACACAGUGUAUCGCACUUAAGGUCUCUGUGCCAGGAAAUUGUCCUGUGGUAUCUACAGAAAUGUGAGCAUACAGAAGCAAUAACUGCCCUAAAGCAGCUUGCACGAUUGAAUGGUUCGGUGUCGAAGUUUCAUCCUGCAUUUCAGUUCUGUCCAGGCAGUGAUGGAGGAGCUGUCAUCACGGUUAAAAGUACUAUAAGUGAAGAAGAUGAAGCCCUUUAUCAGAAGGUUUCCAGUGAACAGUGGCGGAUUGAGUGCCUUGUAGACUUGCUGUCUAAUCUCCGGGAAAGUGGCCUGUCUGGUGAUUUCUUCAUUAGCUGCUUAAAGGAUCUUACCAGUAUGGCUGCAGAGGAGGAGGAAGAGGAGAGAAAGGCGUCUACUCUGACCGACAUGGAUAGUUUCUUAGAACGUGAGAAGUAUGAGGCCCAACAGAUUGAGAAGCAGGAGGCAAAGCUGCUGACCCUUCAGCUGAUAGCAGCUCUGUGUGAGAAGGUGACCAGUGCUGUGUUCAGCAAUACAGUGCAGGUUAUUGAGUUUAUAGCAGCGACCCUGCAGAGGGCUUGUGUUUGUUUGGCUCACAACACACAAGGCACUGUGGAAACUCAGACGCUGAGCAUGGGGAUGGGACUGGUGGCAGCUAUGUUGGGAGGUGCUGUACAGCUGACACCAGAAGACUACACCGCAUUGCAGGAACUGCUUCCCAUGCUUGAAGAUAUCUCUGCCCGACACCCAGAUCCUGUGAUCCAGGAGCUGGCAUCUGAUCUGCGCAUCUCAAUUGCUACACAUGGAGCUUUCUGCACUGACACCAUUACGAGUGCUGCCCAUAAUGCUCCAGGAAGAACAAGUAAAGUGACUGCAGGUUCAGAAGGAACGUGGUCAUCGUCUGGAGAAAAAGCAGACGAAAGAAAAACAUGUGCAGAAAAACGCUCUGCAGAUCCAGGGGGGGCAUUGCCCUCCAACAUUACAUCAGAACAGGUUCAGGAGCUCCUUGUUUCAGCUGUGGAUCCACAGGUUCCAGUACGAACUGCUGCUUUGCGCACUCUUGUGCAUUUUCUAAAGCAGAGGGAAUCUGAAAUCUUAACACAUCAGGAAAAGAUUUUAUCACUUUUUUUAGAAAACCUGGAACAUGAAGAUUCCUUUGUUUACCUGGCUGCUAUUCAAGGCCUUGCUGUGUUGACGGAUGUAUUCCCCCAGCGGAUCCUUCCCCGUUUGCUACAGGAAUAUCGAGAAUCCCCACAGACUGGAGGGAAAAAAAUAUCUUCUGAGUCCCGGAUGAAGAUGGGAGAGGUGCUAAUGAGGGGAACACGAGCACUGGGUGACCUGGCGUCCCAUUACCGUGACCCUUUGAUUCAUGCCUUCCUGCAGGGAGUCCGGGAUCCUGACAACAUGCUUAGAGCUAGCAGCCUCUCCAACCUGGGUGAGCUCUGCCAGAGACUGCGGUUUGCACUGGGGCCUGUGGUGCAUGAGAUAUCAUCCUGUUUGAUAGCUGUUGUAAAAACUGAGACAGACGUGGAGGUAAGAAGAGCAGCUGUUCAUGUUGUCACCUUGUUACUGCGUGGGCUCAGCAAGAAGGCAACCGAGGUUCUUGCUGACGUACUGCGCAAUCUGUACCGGUUACUGAAGUUUGUGGUGCAGACCGACAGAGACGAAGUCUGCGUAUUACAUGCACAGCUAGCUUUGGAAGAACUUGAUGACAUCAUGCGACAGUUAUUGUUUCCACAGCAAAAACUUGAGAAGAAGAUCACAGUCCUGCCAUAGAGACAUAAAAUUAACCAAACUGUAGUACUCCAACCCAAUAAACUUUCUUUUAAUGUCUGAUGCACAUCAUAUGGAUAUCUGCUGCAGGAUUUAUUUAGGUGCAGUAACAGGUUGUUAAAGGAGAAUAUCUGUCCUUGGUCAGUAUUUUCAGCGCUUGGAUGCCCCUACACAAUGAAGCUACAGUGUCAAGCUCUGCCUGUUAAACAGCAGCCUGGCUAAAAAAAAGAGAGCAACUUGUACUUGUAUUUUUUAUGUGUGAAAAUAAAUGAGAAGUUUUCUAGUA